GCGCUGACUGCUGGGCCAGCAGCCCAGUGAGCGCGGCGAGGCGGGGCGAGGCCGGGCCGCCCGCCGCCUCCCGCCCGCCCUCCAGCCGCUUCAGCCCCAGCCCGCGCCGCGCCGCCCGCACACACCCACCCGCCCGGCUCCGCAUCCCGCCGCCGCCUCGGCUCCCAGCAUGGUCAUCAAGGUCUACAUCGCCUCCUCCUCCGGCUCCACGGCGAUUAAGAAGCAGCAACAAGAUGUCUUAGGCUUCUUGGAAGCCAACAAAAUUGAGUUUGAGGAGAAGGAUAUCGCUGCCAAUGAGGAGAAUCGGAAGUGGAUGCGUGAGAACGUCCCUGAAGACAGCCGGCCAGCGAGCGGGAACCCGCUGCCGCCCCGGCUCUUCAAUGACAGCCGCUACCUCGGGGACUACGAAGCUUUCUUCGAAGCUCGAGAGAACAACGCUGUGUAUGCGUUUCUAGGCUUGACUGCACCACCAGGUUCAAAGGAAGCCGAAGCACUGGCAAAGCAGCAAGCGUGAAUUUCAACUGCCUUAAAUGUUCUGUAAAGGGAAUUUCCACAGCUUUUUAUAAAAUAGUACAAUUGUCUCUGCUUCAAGAAAUGUAGAUGUGAUUUCUAAGGUUUGAUUGGUGCUUGCAGCAUUCACCGUGCAUAAUGCAAAUCUGACCACAAGAUGAAAAUGUGAACAUACAGGUAGGGAGCACAGAGUUGAUUAUUACAAAGUUGGAAGCAUAGGAAACUGAAACCAUUAGACGUGAAUAAUUUUCACGUGGUUUAUACUUUCUUGGCAAUUUGUCCAGUUUGUGUAAGUUUCAAGAAACUUUUUUAGUACUAAUAAUACAGAUGGGGUUAUACCUAGAGAUCCAACUAUUUAAAAUAUGGAAAACAAGGAACAGCAUCUAAAACCUUGUCAGAUACAAACUUUAAUGCCUGAGUUGCCUCAAAAAUGUUACUGCAUUACACAGCAAUUUUCCAGUGUCUUUUCUGGUUUCAGAUGAAGUUGUAGGUCGUAUCAUGUAGUAUAGCCAUUGCAGUCACUUCUCAAAGUUGUAUUUGUUCCUUUGUUGGAUAUUUAAGAUUCGUAUUGUUACACACUGUACAGAUGGUUAAAAAAAUGCCAUGUAUUUCUCAUUUAAGCGAUCUGUGUGGGCUCUUUUGACAAAGAAAAAUGGAUUUGGGGCAAUGGGCAGCCUUUUAUUGACAAGUUCAUCGGAGAGCUGCCUACACAUGACUUGAGGACACAUCUGUGUGCGGGAUUCCCUGCACCUCAGUGAAGUAUGUGCUAAUUCCCAGCAAAUGUUGCAAAUAAGCCAAAACGGCCAGAAAUGGCAUUUCCUUACCUGUGUAAGGGUGAAAGCCUUUAAUGUAUUUCUCUACAAAAAUACCACUUCACACUGCUUAUAGCAUUAGGCAUCUUACCGCAUGUUCAAGUAGGCAUUAGAUGAAUAUAGUAUUUUUUCAAAUGAGGAAAUAAAUGUCUGAUUAGCAAGAAAUAUUGCAGUUAAGCAAGACUUUUUUUUUAAGGUUUAAAACCUUUUUUUUUCAUUGGUAUUGCCAUAUCAUGAAGCUGUUACAGGAAUUGCGAAUUUAUUAAAGUGUCUGGUAUUGGUGAAUUUACCAUGUGCAAUAUUAACCUGUCCUCCUAGUGCUUGAGAUAGUCUGUAUUUCUUGGCCAUAUUCUGCAAAAAUACGAAUAAUUACAAGUGCCCCAAAGGAUAAGAAACAGGUUUUAAAAGUGUGUGGGUAAUUGGAAAUGCGUUUUGCACCACAUAAUGUACUUAUUCCCCAAAAGCAUCAAAGACAGUAAGAAAGAUAAUUAGUCCUUGCUGUAGUUAGAGGAUCAUUCUAAGAGCUCUGCGCACACACAUUUUGAUUUUCUUUGCUUUAUGAAGACAGAGGAACAGGUGGUGCAGAUCAGCAAAAGGCUUAUCAGCGCCACGCAGUGAUUUUACACCGAUGCCGUAAAACGUGUGCGAUGCUUCUGAAAUACUUGCUGAAACAGAUUGCAGUUCAUCGUUUUGAAGUCUGAAAUUAGCAACAGGAUAAAAGUAAAAAGGUACAUUUACUAAGAUGUUCUAAAGUGCAGUAAUUAAAUACUUUCCUCACCAACAUUUCUCUGGGGCUUUUGGUCUGUUCAUUACAACUGAUUUUAUCAACAUCUGUUAAAAGAGAAAUGCAGCUGUGGCUGGAGAGCAGCUCUGCUGCAGGAGUGCUCGCGGUGGAACUUCCACGGGCGUCCGGGUGAGCACGGUCCAGCUUGGAGCCAAGUUCCUUAUUAAAAUUACAUUUAAUUCAUCUUUAAUCUUUCCUGAUUUGGGAGCCUGGUAGUCAGUUUGAAGCUCAUGCUUACAAAAGCCAGCACCGUAUCCAAAGGCGUAGGGGCAGGUUAAUGUUGCCGUUCCUUCACGAUUAACACACGUGUUUGUGCUUUUUCAUUAACAAGCUUUACCAGUAAUUACUGAAAUUUUGUGAAAUUUGGUUUUUUUGGGGAUGGAAGUUCGGUCGUGUUUUAAAUUCAGUGCCCCGAUUUUUGUUAUUCACUAUGAUUUCAUCUUUUUGAGCCGAGGUGAUUUUUCUUUCUUAAUAUUGGCAUAACCUUUCUCUGUGUCUAAACUCAUGGUCAAGUUUUUGAGAAAGUAUGUAGGAAUCGUGAACUCUGGUGAAAAAAGUGGAAUGUGACACACAAGUCACUCUCCUCACGCCAAUUUGCUGUGUUUCCUGUCUAAGGAAAAUCUGGUCUAAGUUUUGUGAAUUACAGUCAUUAUUUUGGAGAAGCUGUCAUUGAAAGUCGCUGCCAAAUUCUGUCAGUUCAGUGACCCAAAACAUUCUGAAAUGAGGUCAAUCGCUGAUUCUGACGGUCAAGAAAAUUGCCAAGUUUAAGAAAGCAAAGUCACUUCCCUCGUCUGGUCCCCCGCCCCUGCCAUGUGGUAGCGUUCAAAGUGUAUCAGCAUUCCUGAGCGGGCUCUGGUGGGCCAGACUGAAUUCUUUCUUUGUCCAGGGAACAAGGCACCAACACAAACUGAAAAAAGUACCGAAAAUAGCUCUUUGUUGCGGGACUGCGUAUAAAACUUGCGUUCAUUUCCAUGCAGCUCUUGCAUGAAUUUAGGAGCGUGUUGCCUAGAUGCUAUUUUUCUGUUUCCCAUACCUGUGUUGGGUUAAUGAUGGGUGCAAGAACUGAAUUGGUUCACUUUAUUUUUUUUUCCUAUGUAGAAGGCAGGCAUUGAGGAUUUAACCUGUACAUUAACCAUUCUUGUAUCAUUCCAAUAAAGUUGUUUUAGAAUGCUUUCUCACACGA